AUGUAUCUCGAGCUUCAACCAGAAACAAAAUCGUUCACAUGCCAAUGGUACUGGCGUACUGCCAAUCAUACUGUCAACACUACACCUUCAACAGCUACGCCCGAAAGCCUGAUCUCCAAAUUUCUCGAGGACCUUAAAGCCAUAAUUAACCCCUUAUUACUUCUACUAACUACAGUGGUCAAUCACUUACUCCCAUCUUCUUUUCCUAUACCUCCUCCUUAA